AAAUAAAGUUGAACGGUUCUGCGACAGCGGUUAUGAACUUGUUUUUGUAAGUCUGGUUCUUUACGAUCUGUGCACGUUCACAUUAAAGGGGGAGAUUAACGUCACAAUAAUCAACUUCUGACUAUAAAAAGACGGUCGCUGCCAAGAGCAACGCUGUCGCCACCAACAGGCACACGGAGGAGAGCUGCAGAAAAUGCUGAUCGUGUAAUUUCACAAAGCUAACUCUGGGGGAUUCAUAAAGUUCUAGUUACCGAUUAGUAUCAUAUCGUGACCUCAGGGUUUUCAUUUUUGAUAUUAAUUAAUUCCAUACGUUUUACUGAUUUCAAUUAUAAAAUUUAAUUGUGUUUUACUGAAAACCUAUGUAUCAUACAUAUGUUAUCUUUAGUAGCUUUAGUUUAGUGUGUAACUACGCAGCCUUAACUAGUCCCCUUUGAAGCCGAGUUUAAGAUGGAAUGACCUGGUCGGGAUCGGGUAACGAACCAAGCACAGGUGAGCGUGAUGUAGCCGAGUUAGAACAGGAACUCACAGUCCCUCGUAAAUCCGCUAACCUCGCAUCGUAGUCUGGGUUAAAGUGGCAGCAGAAGAGUUGGUCCCUCGACAAGCGCAGUAAAUCAUCCGUGUGGGAUUGAUUAUUGAUUUUGGCUUCAGAAAAGACCCGGAUGUCGUCGUGGACGGCGGCUGUCGGCGUUUAAAUCAUGCCUUGAAAAAAAAGCGGUGAAAGGAGGAAAUAUAUGGAACAUGUUUCAUGACCUGCGGGAACCAACAACCACCGACAGUGUUCGCCAAAGAAAAGGGAAAAGCUGUUUGGAGGCGUGCACGUUUCCAGCGAUGGCCAACCUGGUGACAUCACUGUGUUGUGUCGUCGUGGCGGCGGUGGUGGUGGCCUACGCUCAGAGACGCAGUCAGCUGGUGGGUAGAAACCAGUACGAGCCCAUGUACACCGAGGUGGUCUUACGGUGCGGCUCCCUGGACAGUAACGCCUCGGUGUCGUGGAAGGUGAACGGGACGGACGUCAGAGCCCAGCACCGUCAACUGGGCCCCAAACUCAUCCUGACCCAAGUGACCCUGAGUCACAACGGACUCUACAGCUGCUUCCAGAACCCCAACGGAGAGAGACGGGACACCAUCCUUCUCCAUGUGGGCAUUCGCCCCCGGGAGCCCUCGGUCACCUGUCGAUCCAACACCUACCCCAAAGGCUUCUACUGCAGCUGGCACCAGUUGUACCCCACCUACAUCCCCACCAGCUACGAGGUGGACGUGGUACACAACCAGAAGUCCCUGGAGGUCCAGAAAGACGCCGUCCACAAGAACCGCUGCCAUGUUCGUUUCCCAGAGGUCUUCUCCAGCUCCCCGUACAAAGUCAACGUGACCGCCAUCAACGCCCUGGGCAGAGCCUCCACCCUCUACUCCUUUGAGGAGUCCAACAUAGUCAAACCAGACCCUCCUGAACGGGUGACCGCCACUCCCAUCAGGUUCAACGCCCGGCGGCUGGAGGUCACCUGGCAGAGUCCUGCCACGUGGCCCGACGUGGACAACUUCCCCCUGAAGUACUUCCUGCGGUACAGGCCGCUCAUCAGGGACACAUGGCAGCAUGUGGAGCUCUCUGACAGCACGGCCCACACCAUCACUGAUGCAAUCGCUGGGAAGGAGUACAUCAUCCAGGUGGCAGCCAAGGACACGGAGAUCGGAACGUGGAGCGACUGGAGCGUCGCCGUCCACGCCACGCCCUGGAUCGAAGAUCCCUCACCCAUCACUUCCACAACAGAUGGAGAUUUUCCCACUGUCACUGCAGUCAUUCACUCCAAGACGCCCCCUUCUGGACAAAACAUUUCAGCUUCUCCUCGACACGAGACAAAGACGUCUCCCAUACCUUCGUCCAACGCCCCACAGAAGGCGGAGCCUCCAGUGGGACGAGCCGCCAGGCUCCUCACGUUCUUCUCCCCACUGCUGUUAGGAAUGCUGCUGCUGCUCAUGUGAUUGAAAUGUCUUUAUGUUGAUCUAUAACAAUGUGAGAGGAAGAGGAGGAAGAGGAGGAGGAGGAGCAGGAGGAGGAAGAGGAGGAGGAGCAGGAGGAGGAAGAGGAGGAGGAGCAGGAAGCAGAGACAAAGGAGUAAACGUGGACUGCAGCCGGUCUUUCUUCUAAUUUGCACAUGUUUCAAGGAGACGGUGCAGCCGUCCAUUCAUCCACGCGUCCAUCGAACACUUUCACUCACCGAGGUUGAUGGGACGCCGACCCCCGGC